CUGUUUAAAUGUUUACAUUCACAUCGUCGAUUCUUCAGGGUCAUUUUAGCGUUGAAAUUGCAGUUUUUAUUCCUUUUCCAGAGGCUUUUCAAGUCUCUCGACAGCCAAUUAACGUUCGGCUUUAAGUUUUUCUGUGACUUGCGUUUGGCGCUCAGUCUGCUCCGAAACUUCGACCGAUAAAAGCGGCCGGGGAACUUCCUCUUCAGUUUCUUAGUUUUGUCGCUGGAGACACAGAUAUACAUAGUGCUAACUGGUGCUUCAGUUUCAUUAUCAGACAUUAGAUAAAAUCAUGGAGGAGACGUAUCUAUACGACCCUAGUCUGCUGAUAAAGCUGGACUUCCAUCGCAGUCCCGCCAAGUUCAAGCCCUUUAUAUCGGCGGCUAAUCCUGGCGAGCCCUGGAUGAAAGUGCGUCCUCUGAAGGACACGGACUACGAUAGGGGUUUCCUUCAGCUGCUUUCCCAACUCACCCACGUGGGCAAUGUGAAUCGCACGCAGUUUCUGACCCGCUUCUCUCAAAUGAAGGCCAGUGGAGAUUAUUUUGUCACCGUAAUUGAGGAUACCCGCAAAAAUGAGAUUAUUGGAGCCGCCUCUUUGGUGAUCGAGCGCAAGUUUAUUCAUAACUGUGCUGUGCGUGGUCGUCUAGAAGAUGUGGUGGUAAAUGAUACAUAUCGCGGCAAGCAACUGGGAAAGCUGAUCGUGGUGACCGUAUCUCUGCUCGCCGAAGAACUGGGCUGCUACAAAAUGUCGCUGGACUGCAAGGACAAACUUAUCAAGUUCUACGAGUCCCUGGGCUAUGUGGCUAUUCCUGGAAACUCCAACUCUAUGACGAUUCGGUAUGACGAGGGGCCGACGCUCAAGCGGAAUGUAACCUCUACUGGCUCCAGUGGAACGGUGGGCGACUCCUGCCAAACUGUGAGCCUCGAUUUUGCUUCUUGACAAUUAGCCGCCAACGCUGCUCCAAAGUCCAAGCUUUGAGAGGGUACACAUCCCUUCUCAAAGUGAAAAUUGCGCGAAGCGCAAUGCAAAAUACACAAUUGGAUUCUAAACAACAAAAAUAAAGUGCAUUGCCAAAAUUCCAUUGCGCUGAGGGCAUGAUGGAUUUUUGGACAGCGCUGGCAGGCGGUGGUGUCCUUGUGGGACUGACGUGAUUCCAACCUCAAGCCACCCGCGAGGACAUACAAUUAGUUAUUUAGUUAAAGACAACCGCAACAUAUGUUGCUUUCUGUUUUUAAUCCCUACAGAACUCUCAAUUUUAUAAUUUUUUCUCCCCUUUCUGCUACUGAUUGUGCGGCUCAACUCUCAACUUGAAGGUAGUUGUAAUAUUACCUUUUAAAAGCACCUUCAUCAAGUAGCCUUAAGUUUUAUAAACUCGCAUAAAUACACUAUUCAUAAUACUAAUCAACGAUUACAGCUCAAUACGAAUCUGACAAAAACAUUAAAGAAUGUUCGAAUAAAUAAAAUGAGAAAUUGUGAUUGAAAUAAACAUCCCUCUUAAAUA